AUGUCAGACUUCCUAGAAGGGUAUUUUCAGACCCAGCUGCCUACACUAAUUUCCGUUGCUUGCUGUGUUUUUUUCUCUGACAACUCUGUGAAAUGCUGACACUUGUAGAUGUCACACUCAUGUAUUCAGACUGGCAGGGCUGAGAGGAUUUCUGAACAAUGGCAGUAUAUAUAUUAUUGUUUGGUCAUCCACUGAUAGUUUUCUUCAUCUAUUCCUUUCAUGAGAACGCUGUACAUGGCUCUCAGCAACCUAAGCUGACAGUGCACCCCACAGUCGUCACGGAGACGGACUCAGUCAAGCUGAACUGUCAGCCUCCAUCACUUUCAGUGACUGAGUGUUAUUUCUCCAGUCAUGGCCAAGCAAUGUACACCAGGUUCUCCUGUCAGCAUACAGUGAAAGGGACUGAGUUACUGAAGAUAGCACAACAAAACUCACUUGCUCAGGUCAAAGUGCAGUGUGUUUAUACUGUAGGGAGAGAAAGUCUGUCCAGUGAACCAGUCACUAUCACCAUACAAAGUCAGAAACCACAGAUGAAUGUUGAUUCUAACGAUGGCGAGUUUUACUUCACCUGUUUACUGCCUGGAUCUUCUAGAAGUGACACCAGAUGUAACCUGUACUUUGGAGAAGCAAGUCAUCCAGUUCUGUCAAAAACCAUCUGGAAGACAAAAUCUAGAUCAGACAACCAAUUCUGCAUGUUUUUCCUGAAAACUGCUGAUUUCAUCAGACAUCUACAUUCUGUGCAGCGUAAGGAAGCUAGCUGUGAUUACAGCUUGGGAGGUGAGCCCAGCUCUCUGUAUGCGCGGAGUGAUGGAUACAGCUUAACACCUCUUUUGGAAAAAGAGCAGAUCAUGGUUCCAACAGCGCUGACAAAGUCAAUGACCACAGGGGUAAAAGAUGUCAGGCCCACUGCUUCACCUACUGCUUAUCCAAGCUCUGCUCCUGUAACUCCUGUGAAUCCAGGCUCAGGUCAGACUGUUGACAGGCCAAGUUCUGCCAGUCAAACUGUCUCUGCUCCUGUGAAUCCAGGCUCAGGUCUGACUGUCAGUAGGCUCACUACCACAGGUGACUCUACCUCUGACUGUGGAGCUCCUGUGACUCCAACUUCAGGUCUGACUGUUGGUAAGCCCAUCACUGAAUCUGGCUCUCCAUCUUUUCCUGUGACUACCAUGCAUACAGCGCCAGAGAACCAGACGCUGAUGUUUGCAGUAGUUGUGGCUGGUUGUGGUGUAACUGUGGGUAUCAUCUUGCUGGUGUUGGCAUUUUUCUGUGUCCAGAGAAGGACUGAAACGUGUGUGUCCAAGAGACGAAAAACCAAGGCCAAAGGUGACAUGAGAGGGACCAAAGGAGUAGUGUUACCUGCUGGUGAUGCUGGAGUCUACAGUAUGAUCACUUCUGUACCUGAGUCUGCAGAUGUGAGAGGUCAAGAGUCUCAAAAUGAGGACUGUGACCCGUGCCAUGUCUACAGCGAAAUCUGUGACGGGCCAGCUGCAUCAGCCCGGAAGGAUAUAGUUUACAGCACUCUGCAGGCUUACUGAAACCCAGACCUGGUGUUACUUGUAGGCUAAUUUGUAAUUUUCACAUUACUGUAAUACAUAGCAUUUUUUAGACAGAUGUCUUGGCUUCAUUGAACAUGUAGAGAAGACAAGAGAAAGAACA